AUGUCGCCCUACAUGGUAUCGCCUUCUUCGUCGGCUUCGUCGGCUUCGUCGUGCCCACAGCUCGAGUCUGCACAUUCGUUGGUCCCCCCAGUGAACGAGGAACGUCCAUUGGCUGACAUCAAUCGUGAAGCCGAGAUCAAAUCCUCCAAGAAAUCGCAACCCGUCGGGGAAUCAUCCGGGAAAUCCUCGUCUAAAGGUCCCUCCUUGGAGCCACGUGCAAAAGCUCGCAGGGUCCGCGUGAACCUGAUAGCGCUCUGUUCUCCGGGCUCGCCGAUAUUCUCCGGAAAGCACUCGCACUUCACCGCCACCGUCGAAACUCGCUGCGUACGGGACAUCAAACGCCCACAUUCGUGGAAGAUCUACGGUGUCGAGUGCGGACAGGGCGUGACGGCGCACUACGUGCGGAUACAACUUGCGGACGAUUCCCAGGACAGUCAAUUCCGCACACUCGUCAUCCUUCUCGACUCGAUCUCCGCGAAGCGUCACGUAGCGCUAUCCAACAUCCACCCGUUCGGCCUCGGCGUCGACUUCGGCGUGCCUUCGCCGCACUCUAGCAACCGCAUCUACCUCAUCACGCACUGCGCCAAGACCACGCCGUACCUGCGCAAGGUCACCGUCGACUUCGAGAUCUUCCUCGACCAGGAGUGGAAGCGCAUCGACCUCAAGGUCGACCGCGUCGGCUUCGCUGUGUACAAGUCCGCGUCGCGCACCAACAUCCUGCUGGCCAACGGCCCCGAGGAGAUCCACUUCGCCCACGACCCGUAUGUGCGCUUCGCGCGCAUGACGCUGAGGUUCGGCGAGCGCCCUGAGCGCACGUAUAUCGACAUCGAGGACGAUGGGAGGAUGAAGGAGAAGCCCUGCCAUGUCACGCGCACGAGGAAGGGCAGCAUUGUGCACCUCCCAAAAGUCCGCGUGCGGACCUGCGACGGCGAAGGCACAACCAGACAGCCCAUCAGCACGAUGACGCGGCUGAUCUUCAGCGAGAAGGAUGGGAUGCCGUGGGCGCGGUCGGGGGUGGCGGCCGCGGCCGAGGCGGAGAAGAUGGCGAGUCUUAUACGGAAAACGGCACGGCUGGCCGCGAAGAAUCCGAUCGGCGUCAAGGCCGCAGUGCAGGACGGCCACAUCUUCUCCAUGAGCAUGAAGGGCGUCAUCGCCGACAAGGGCUACACCGUCCGUAACGUCGACGACGGGUUCUCAUUCCAGGCGGACAUCCGGGACAAGUUCCGGGGCUGCGUCGUCUACGCCGUGCCCAGUCUCCGCGCGGGCACGAACGGGAUCGUGCUCAUCUCGCACUCCCUCGACGGCGAGGCCGUCCUGCGCCAGCACAUCGACAACCCCGUGCAUCUCAUUAGCAGCAUCACCGAGAGCGGCUUCAUGGUGCCGUGCAACAGCACGCUCAUCCGCGCGCGCGACAACAGCCGCAGCAUGGGCAAGGGCAACAUCCGCUACUUCUUCAACUACGGCGGCGCCGACGCCGGCGUCCUGGUCGAAAAGCUGGUCAAGCUCGUCACCGCCCUCGACGCCACAAAGCUGCCGGAGCUCACUACGCACCUCGCACAGGAACUCGAGCGGCGGGAACAACACGCCUCCUCGCGCCGCUCCCCUCCUCCCCCGUCGCCGUACGGCCACGCAAGAACCCCAUCCAACGUUUCCACCUCUUCCACCUCGUCCACCUCGUCAGCAUACUCCAACCUCUCGAACACGUCAUCAGCCAGCAACGUCAGUUGUUCUUCCACCUCGUCCUCGCUCUCCACCACCUCCUCCGCGGCACGGGAACCCAGCGACUGGGACAUCUGCGAAGACGCCGUCUUCGACGACGCAGAGCCGGCGCGUAGCCUUCGGAUCUCGGUCGCGCCGGAGGGGAUCAAGGCCCCGCGCAAGAGGAAUCAGAUGGCGCGCGCAAAGACGGCAUAUACCGCCAGGCUCACUAGGGAGGUUGCCAUAGAGGUCGGAGAUCGCGUUGUGGUCCUGUUUAGGAAUAAGAAUUGGAGCUUCGUGAGGAGGCUCGAUGGCGAGAAUGAGGAGUGGGAGGAGGGUGAGGAGCGGGAGAGAGAGGGGUGGGUGCCGACGGGUUUUUUGGAAAUGCUUUGAGCUGUGAGGUCCUGGGGAACGGAGGAACGGACGGCGGAUGGGUUGCACACGCACACACAACCUUUUUCCUUUGGUUUUUCAUUUGUUUUUUCAUAUAAGGUCUACAUAUGGUGGUGAUGACGGCUAUGGAGGUGGCGCGCGGGGUUUUCUGGGGUUUUACUGCAAUUGGGUUGUUUUUGAGCUUCGCUGGCGAUCGUGGUGUUUUGAAAUAUGCUUCUACCUUUUUCCUUGGGUCGGCCUCUCCACAUACUGGUUCUCAUACUUUUUUCUUUGUCUUUCGCUUCUUCCAUUUGUGUACUUAUGUAUGUACAUACAAUUUGUGUCCAGGCUGUGCCUGUGUUUCCCCCCACUAUCACGAUUCACUAUCAC